AGCGGUGCCCAGGGACUGAGGGUGCAGGUCCAUUGGUGCCAGGGGUGCAGGUCCAGCAGUGCGGAGGCUGGGGGUGAUGGUCCAGUGGUGCUGGGGGCUGGGGUGCAGAUCCAGUGGUACCCAGGGGCCCAGGGUGCGGGUCUAGUGGUGCUGGGAGUCAGGGGCAUGGGUUCAGCGGUGCCAGGGGCUGGGACUUGGGGGCAGAGGCACAGGGACGUGGGGUGUGCAGUGGCAUCUCUGGGGCAGGGCUUGCACCCGGGUCCAGGUGACAGGAUCUGGCCCGUGGCUGCAGCCCAGUGCGGGGCUCAAGCUGCUUUUGGUCCUGUCCGGGGGGCAGCAUCAGGCGGUGCUCUUGGGGCCUCGGCCACUCACCCACCCUGCGCGCCGCUGGCCUGGUGCAGGCUGGAGCGAUUUGCGCUCUGCUCCUGCAGCUCCUCCUACACUGGCACCGGCUCAGGCUUCACGGGCUAAAAAUACCGCGCGGGCUGGCCUCAGCAGACACGGGAUUAGGCUGGCUGGGGCAGGGCUGUGCGGACAUGCCUCGAUGGGGCACCGGCUGCAGCGCCCACCUGCUGCAGAUGGGGGGUCCCGUGGGCGUCCGGCUGUGCCGCCUCGCCGUGCCCGUGGCUUCCAGCCAGGCAAGUCCGUGUCAGGAUGGUCAUGUGGGCAGGGUGGCGCCAGGCCGCAUGGGAGGGGCCGUGGCACAGGGGUGCAUUAUGCCACGACUGGGGCUAGAGCACGGUGGCUGCUGGUGGGCGCUGUGACUGCUGGCUGGGGCUGUCACCCGCUGGGGUGUGACACAGGCUGGGCACUGGGCAAAGCACAUGCCUGGUGGGGAGUCUGGGCACAGGGCAUUCACCCACUCUGGCCGCUGAAUCGUGCCAGCAGAGACAGGGUGGCUCCAUGUCGGUCUGGGGUGUUGGCACCACUUCUUUGGGGCCAGGCACCAACCAGGCAGCUGCGUCCGCUCCUGGGUCAGAGGCUAUUUAUAGCUGAGUGCGUCUGAGCCGCGGUGUCUUGGCCUGUGAAGGGUCCUUGAUGGCCUGCCAGAGCAUCCUGGGCCAAGGGUGCUGGAGCAGCGAGGCCUGGCAGGGAGGUGGGCAACGGGGGCCCAGGCUGCCCGAGGGUCUUGCCGGGUUCUGCUGUGGGGCUGGGCUGCUCCAUCCUGCUGCUCCCACAGCCUUCAUCCUCCUCUAUGGGCCGGCGGCCGUGACCUGAUUAUUCCCCAGCUCGAGCCCGGCAGCAGGGCAGGUCGGAGGGGCCAGGGCCCUGCUCCCAGCUGACGGGGCUGGGCAGGGGCUGCUGUAGGACAAGUGAAGGGUCUGGCUGGGGUGGGGGGCCACAGCUGCCCGAUGCCUGACCUGGCGCUGCCCCCUGGCCCAUGGCAGGUCGGUCCCUGUGGCUCCCCGGCAUGAAGCUGAAGAAGCAGGUGACGGUGUGCGGCGCCGCCAUCUUCUGCGUGGCCGUCUUCUCGCUCUACCUGAUGCUGGACCGCGUGCAGCACGACCCUGCCCGGCACCAGCAUGGGGGCAACUUCCCCAGGAGCCAGAUCUCAGUGCUGCAGAACCGCAUCGAGCAGCUGGAGCAGCUGCUGGAGGAGAACCAUGAGAUCAUCAGCCACAUCAAGGACUCGGUGCUGGAGCUGACGGCCCACGCAGAGGGGCCGCCGCUGCUGCUGCCCUACCACACGCCCAACGGCUCCUGGGUGCUGCCCCCCGAGGCGCGGCCCAGCUUCUUCUCCAUCUCCCCGCAGGACUGCCAGUUUGCCCUGGGCAGCAAGGGCCACAAGACGGAGCUGCAGAUGCUGGCCGUGUACUCGCUCCUGCCCUUCGACAACCAGGACGGCGGGGUGUGGAAGCAGGGCUUCGACAUCACCUACGAGCCCCACGAGUGGGACGACGAGCCCCUGCAGGUCUUUGUGGUCCCGCACUCCCACAAUGACCCAGGCUGGAUCAAGACCUUCGACAAGUACUACUAUGACCAGACACAGCACAUCCUGAACAGCAUGGUGCUGAAGAUGCAGGAGGACCCGCGCCGCCGCUUCAUCUGGUCCGAGAUCUCCUUCUUCUCCAAGUGGUGGGAUAACAUCAGCUCCCAGAAGCGGGCCGCUGUGCGCAGGCUGGUCGGGAAUGGGCAGCUGGAGAUGGUGACGGGCGGCUGGGUGAUGCCCGACGAGGCCAAUUCCCACUACUUUGCCAUGAUCGACCAGCUCAUCGAGGGGCACCAGUGGCUGGAGAAGAACAUCGGUGUGACCCCACGGUCUGGUUGGGCAGUGGACCCCUUUGGGCACAGCCCCACCAUGCCCUACCUGCUGAAGCGCGCCAACCUGACCAGCAUGCUCAUCCAGCGCGUGCACUACGCCAUCAAGAAGCACUUCGCCGCCACCCAGAACCUGGAGUUCAUGUGGAGACAGACCUGGGAUCCGGACUCCAGCACCGACAUCUUCUGCCACAUGAUGCCCUUCUACAGCUAUGACGUGCCCCACACCUGCGGCCCCGACCCCAAGAUCUGCUGCCAGUUCGAUUUCAAGCGCCUGCCUGGUGGGAGGAUCAACUGCCCCUGGAAGGUGCCGCCCAGAGCCAUCACCGACGCCAACGUGGCCGAGAGGGCACAGCUGCUGCUGGACCAGUACCGCAAGAAGUCCAAGCUGUACCGCAGCAAGGUGCUGCUGGUGCCGCUGGGCGACGACUUCCGCUACGACAAGCCCCAGGAGUGGGACGCCCAGUUCCUCAACUACCAGCGCCUCUUCGACUUUCUCAACGCCCGCCCUGGCCUCCACGUGCAGGCGCAGUUCGGGACCCUCUCCGAUUACUUCGACGCCCUCUACAAACGGACGGGCAUUGUGCCCGGGAUGCGGCCGCCCGGGUUCCCGGUGCUGAGCGGCGACUUCUUCUCCUAUGCGGACCGCGAGGAUCACUACUGGACCGGCUACUACACCUCCCGGCCCUUCUACAAGAGCUUGGACCGUGUGCUAGAGUCCCACCUCCGGGGGGCUGAGAUCCUGUACAGCCUGGCGCUGAGCCAUGCGCGGCAUGCUGGCAUGGACAGCCGGUACCCGCUGUCGGACUACGCCCUGCUGACCGAUGCCCGCCGCAACCUGGGCCUCUUCCAGCACCAUGACGCCAUCACCGGCACUGCCAAGGAGGCCGUCGUGGUGGACUACGGGGUCCGGCUGCUCCACUCCCUGAUGAACCUGAAGCGCAUCAUCAUCAAUGCUGCCCACUACCUGGUGCUGGGGGACAAGGAUGCCUACCACUACGACCCUGCCGCCCCCUUCCUCGGCACGGACGAGACGCGGCUCAACCAGGACUCGCUCCCGGAGAAAACCAUCAUCAAGGUGGAUGAGGUGCCCAGGUUCGUGGUCGUGUUCAACCCGCUGGAGCAGGAGCGGCUGGGCGUGGUGUCGCUGCUCGUGGACGCGCCGCGCGUGCGGGUGCUGACGGAGGAUGGGCAGCCCCUGGCCAUGCAGCUCAGCGCCCACUGGACCUCCGCCACCGACAUGAUGCCCAACGUCUACGAGGUGUCGGUGCCAGCCCGGGUGCCAGCGCUGGGCCUGGCCGUGCUGCAGCUGAGCCGUGCCUUUGAGGGCCAUGCCACACUGACGGCCUCCACCCACCUGCACCUGCACGGCCGUGACCUGCCUGUGCGCAGGCACGAUGCCCUGCCUCUGCGCGUGCUGCCCAUCGCCGCCAGCGACUUCUGCCUUGAGACCCAGCACCUGCGCGCCUGCUUCGCUGGCCCCACCGGCCUCCUCCAGAGCGUGCGGCGGGCGGGCGAGGAGCAGGACCAGCGACUGAGCAGCGAGUUCUUCAUCUACGGCACCCGGACCUCCAAGGACAAGAGCGGGGCCUACCUCUUCCUGCCCGACGGCGAGGCCAAGCCCUAUGCCCCCAAGGACCCCCCCAUAGUGCGCGUGACCGAGGGACCCUUCUUCUCGGAGGUGGCGAGCUACUACCAGCACGUGCAGCAGGUGGUGCGGCUCUACAACGUGCCAGGGGUGGAGGGGCUGUCCCUGGAGGUGUCCUGCCUGGUGGACAUCCGCGACCACGUCAACAAGGAGCUGGCGCUGCGCUUCAGCACUGACAUCGAGAGCGAGGACACCUUCUUCACCGACCUCAAUGGCUUCCAGAUCCAGCCGCGCCGCUACCUGAAGAAGCUGCCGCUCCAAGCCAACUUCUACCCCAUGCCGGUCAUGGCCUACAUCCAGGACAAGCGGAGCCGCCUGACGCUGCACACAGCCCAGGCGCUGGGGGUGUCCAGCCUGAGCAGCGGCCAGCUGGAGGUGAUCUUGGACCGGCGGCUUGUGCAGGACGACAACCGCGGGCUGGGCCAGGGGCUGAAGGACAACAAACGGACGUGGAGCCGCUUCCGGCUCCUGCUGGAGCGCCGCACCACGGCCAACAAGGUGCAGGACAGCCGCCCCACCAGCUUCCCCUCGCUGCUGAGCCAUGCCACCUCCAUGCACCUCAACGCCGAGGUCCUGGUGAUGCCUGUGGCCCAGGAGAAGACGGCGCUGCCUGCCCUGCGCUCCUUCCUGCCCCUGGCCGGCACGGUGCCCUGCGACUUCCACAUCCUCAACCUCCGCACGCUGCAGGCCGAGGACGACUCGCUGCCCUCAGCUGAGGCCGCCCUGAUCCUGCACCGCAAGGGCUUCGACUGUGGGCUGGAGGCCAAGAACCUGGGCUUCAACUGCACCACCAGCCAGGGCAAGCUGGUGCUGGGGAGCCUGUUCCAGGGGCUGGAGCUGGGCUCUCUCCAGCCCACCUCACUGACACUGAUGUACCCGCUGGGCACCGCCUCCGCCAACAACACUGUGAUCCACCUGGAGCCCAUGGAAAUCGCCACCUUCCGCCUCCGCUUCGGAUAGGCCCUGCCACGGAGCGCGAGCGGCCCCGGGCACGGCAGGGCCCCGCUGGGGGCACGGGUGACUCCCGGGCAGCAGGAGAUCUGGCCGGGCUGCCGCACGAGGGCAGCUGGACUCGUAGACCCGUGGCUGCUGUUUGUGACUCUGCGCCCCAGCUCAUCCGGAAGGGGCAGAGGCACGGCUGUGCCGGGCGGGACCGGCAGGCAUCGCUGUCCAGCGGCUGCCUGCGCCUGGGUGCGACGGAUGGACCCCGUGCUUGGACUGGGGCAGGCACGGUGGCUCCCGGGGCAGGAGCGCAGCGGUGGCAGGACCCUGCUGCCCCAGCAGGGAGGUGUGACGUGUCUCCGGCACCUCCCAGCCCCAGGAGCAGAUGCUGGAGCCUGCUGGGCUGGGGCGAGGCCCGGACUCUGCCCCCCAGCGUGGUGCAGCGCUGCCCCCGGGGCAGGACGGGCUGCCAGCUGGGGCGGUGAUGGACUGCACGGGGCAGAGACUGAGUUGGCCGAGCACAUCAUGAGCUUCUAGGAAACAAG